UCAGAGGUCUCCCUCCAUGGCGCUACGCGUGGGCCUUUCUGUUUCGUUUUUCCGUUUGUUCUUUGUGGUUCUUUAUGUCUUGUGGUUGGCUCACUUCUUUCUCGUUUUGCUUGGUGUUUGUGUUUGAGGUGCAGGCUUGGCCAGCUGUCGAGACCUUCGGGCGGCGUGCUUUUUUCUAAGCGGAUGGCGUGGAGGUGUGCCGCUGUGAUUGCGCGUUCUUCAGGGGUCCCUCCUCCUCAAGGUUCGCCCUGGCUUGCUCUGGGUCUAUGGGUCUGGCCAGCUUGUUUUUUAUCUUGCUUCGCGUCGGUGUUAGAGUUUAAUAUGCCGCCAAGCGUCGAGGCUUUCAGGCGUCGGAGCUUGCUUGGCACAAAUGGCGCGCGCUGGUCUCAUGCUGAUCAUUCUCGUUUCCGGCGUCUCUCUCCAUGGCGACGCUUGUGUGUGCUACUCUGUUUCGUUUUUUCGUUUCUUGUGGUUCUUUGUGUCUUGUUGGCUUGUUUCUCGUCUUCAUCUUUACUGUUUGCGCUGAGGCUGAAGCGUCUCCGGCUGUCGAGGCCUUCGGGCUGGGGGCUCUUUUCUAAGUGUAUGGCUAGACCGCGCGCCGCCCUGAUUGGGCGUUCUUCAGGGGUCUCUCCUCGUGCGGGUUCGCAUGGGUCUGCUCUGGGUCUGAAGUUCGGCGGUUCUUGCCAGCUUCUUCGUCCUCUUGCCCUGCGUCUGUGUUAG